GAGUUGUCGCUUUCCCCACAAGCAGUGCUAUGUAAACGUUUGGGUCUGAUGAGAGUUUACAGAAAAGAACUCUUUACCCUGAAGUGAUUUCUAAAACUGUUGUGUUGCCGUUGUACGGAUCUACAGAAUUGUCACGUGAUGGUGACCCCUGAAUGCUGGCCUACUGCGUGAGGCAAAAUGGCCGGUGUCUUUAGAUUUUGUUGACUGCAGUCGCAAUGCACUUUCUCGCUAACUUCGGUCACCAAAUUCAACAGCGUAAUGGAUGAAAUAUUGAUAAAAUCAGCUUUUAACGCGGUGCAGUUGGCAUUAAUCGAUCUGCCGCACCGUGUGACUGUUCGUCGGAAAUAUUAAUAGUUCCUACAGGAUAAUCGCGAAUGCACGGAAUGAUCGAAUCACAUGACUGUCUGCUGUUUUAUUCGUUGACAGAGACAACGUUAGACGCAAGCUGCUUAGUACGGCGCUUGCAACGCUGAGAUUUACGUACAACGGUUGCCUGACCCAUCGAUGAUCUACACCAGCCGACACGCAAAUUGACCAAUCAGAGGUGACUCUCAUGUCCAACACCGUUGGCCGACCACUGUCAUGGCACUGGGGUUGUGUAUUUCUCGCGGAAUUGAUAACAUACACAUUUGGUUCGAAGUGACUUGCCAAGUCCACUAGCUGUUCUAACGAUGUGUAUCAAAAGCAAACCAGAAGCACCGGAAACGAGUCAAGUUGCAUUUAUGCGGAACUAUCUGAUGAAGACAGUCCAUGAAUUCCCCGCUCCCAACGAAUUUGCUACCUGUCCCAUCGGUGUUCUGCUUCUUCUUACUACACUACUCGGCUCCGGAGCCACAAGAGGCAAGACGGGAUUCCAAAUAGCUCAAUCACUGCAGUUAAAAUCACCUCGAACUGAAAGCGGGUUGAGUUUGGUGAUUGGAGAGUCGAAAAGCCUGUAUCGGGAGUUGGUGGACGAACUCACUUCUCAGGAGACAUUUAUUGGCCAGCGCCGAGUCAGUGUCAUCAGUACAUCAACUGCCGCCUUCCUACAAGAAGGUUUCGGUCUGGAACCAAAUUUUGUAUGGAGCAUACAGAACGAGUUUCGGGCGCAUAUGAAGCAGUUGCAUUUCCAAAAUCAAUCGGAGUCAGCAAGGCAGAUCAAUAGCUGGGCCAAUUCGGAGUCAAGAGGUCUCAUACCUCGUAUCUUUCAAAGUCCCAGUGAGCUUCCGCGAGAUACUCGGGUGGUAAUGUUGAACUUGUUCACCUUUAAAGAUGCCUGGCUACGUCGGUUUUCCGCUCCUCGGACCAAACCGGAGGAGUUCACCGUUUCUUCCGAUACUACAAAAAGCGUGUCAAUGAUGAUGAGCGUGGAAACCUUACCAUAUGCAAACUUUCCCGAAAAGGGGUUUGCAAUGAUCCGAAAGCCGCUACAGAAUUACCGCUUUUCACUUGUUGUCCUUCUGCCGAGUGAAAAGCUGAAGCUGGACGGUAUCGAGAAGGUUCUCACUGGCGAAUAUGCGAUCAAGGAUCUGAUCAUAUCUCAAGAAGAGAUCCCUAUUUCAUUAAAACUGCCAAAAUUCAAAUUGGAGAGUACGAUGAGCGCCAUACCGAUACUGGAAUCGAUGGGCGUUGUUGAUCUGUUCCGUCGCACGCAAGCCGAUCUGUCAGGUAUCACUGAAGCCGAGCGGCUUUACGUUAGUCUGCUCAAGCAAGGUGUGGUUCUCAAAGUGGACGAAAACGGAGUCGAGGCUGCAGCAGUGACGGCAGCAGUGGCUGUUCCUAUGUCCGCUAUCAUCCCAAGCGCCGAUUUUCACGUAAAUCACCCAUUUGUGUGCAUGAUUUACGAUGAACAGUUGCACAUACCGCUGGUGGUGGCUCGUGUUUUCUCACCCGAGUUCUAGUCCCUCCUCUCUCGCCUCUCUCGUGGUUGCUUCACUUUUCACAUUGGAAAUCUCUUGACAUGCAACUGAGUUUUCUUUCAAUAUUUGUGUCUUUAGGACUCUCACAUUUAGAUUUUGUCGAGUUGCGAUGAGAGAUUGCCUGUGUUGCUUUGUGUUGGCCAAUUUGUUCGGAUGUUUGCGAAUAGCUGGGCUCCCUAUACUUGUGAUCAGGCAGCAUUGUUGAUUUCAGCUUCGGUAUUUGAUUACUUCACGUUUGUAAUACUAGCCAGUAGCUAAAAUAUAACUUAGGUGCUA